GUGCAAUCAUUCUAUGGAAGUUUGUCCCGCCCUCCACUGAAAAAAAGGGAGCGAGGGCGCUUUCAGCCUCCCCAAGUCGGAGUCAGGGCAUAAACUUUACGCACAAGUUUCUUUUAGGAGCACACCAGCAGCGCAACAUCAGAGACGCAAGGCUAAAAGGCACAAAAUUCUUUCUCCUCUAGGACCAAGUCUAGCCUGAAGAGACACUUUCUUUGGAAUCAUUUUUUAUACUUUCUUUAUGCAAAAUGAACAUUCAGAGGGCAACCCUGUUUUUAUGUUGGAUGAUCCUGAGCAUGGACACGUGCCUAAGCCAGAAAGACUGCACAGGGGUGGACUGUCCAUCAGUUCUGCCGAACUGCAUCGAAUCAGUUUUAGAGAAAGGUGCUUGCUGUCCCGCCUGUAUACAAAGGGGCUGCACGUGUGAGGGUUACCAGUACUACGACUGCAUCCAAGCAGGCUUCCAGAAAGGGAAAGUCCCAGAGGGCGAAUCUUACUUUGUGGAUUUUGGAAGCACUGAAUGCUCCUGUCCCCAGGGAGGAGGGAAGAUAAGCUGUCAUUUUAUUCCAUGCCCUGAAAUUCCAGCCAACUGCAUUGAUAUUUUACAACCUGCAGAUGGUUGUCUUCAGUGUGGGCGAAUUGGCUGUACCCAUGGCAACAAGAAAUACGAAGCUGGACACUCCUUUCAAAUGGACCAGUGCAGGGUUUGCCACUGUCCAAAUGAAGGUGGAAAGUUAAUGUGUUCACCUAUCCCCGGUUGUGAUCUUCGUAGUCCUAAUAAGCCAAUGUGGGUCACAACCACUGAGAACAACAACCCUUUGAGAGACGUGAGCAGUCACCAUGACAGCCGACCAUUGAAUCCCGUAGAAGGAUUUUCCAAGCUGGCGCUGAGAAACACUCUACCACUGUAUAAGCAGGACCCACCCAGUUUUGGCACAGAGGAUUAUGACUAUACACUAGCAGGGCCGACAUCUUCCACCAUCCAAGAUCUGGCCCAACCACUGGAAUCCACUACAGUACCACCAGCUUACCCAGAGUCAAGCUCCACUUCCUUAAGCUCCCAUGAUGACAGGAGACCUGAGCCGAGGGAGACACAAAAAAUCCCUCAUCCAGAGAGGAGCGGAGAGGCUGAGGUUAUACAUAACAUGGAUCCAACCACUAUGGGGACUCAUAGUGCAACAUCAACAUCGCUAACAACCACACAGAGAGUGACCACAGAGAACCAAAAGCCACAACAGGAAACAGGUGAAAGGACCAUUAGACAUAACAAUGACAGAAACAGAGUGGUACAAGACACUUUAAAAGACACAACAUUGACCUCCCGUGCAAACAAGGGGACAAGGCACCAUCAUAAACAUGGUCAUGGCAGUCACACAGGUAGUCAUGCCGGCCCCCGUUCUGUUGGCCAUAAGGAACAAGAAAAAGUUUCGGCGGAGCGCAGGCAGCCACUCGGUAAAGAAGACCAAAGCUCAUAUCCCACAAUACAGUUCAGUCCCACCAGCAGAGCUCCAGUCAGGAUGAGGGAGGAUGGAGAGCAGCCUCAAAGGCAAUCCCAAACCCUUUACAACUACCAGGCUCAGGAUGUGGACGGAGACAUGGAGGUGUCUGCCAAGGAGCUGGUGAAGGCCUGCUGUGAGACAGGGGAGAAAUGGGCUUCAGUUAAUGGUCACUGCAACAACAUGGAGCCACCCACAAAAGAUAGGCACUCCAUCUGCUGGACUGCCCAACAACAGUGCUGUCGCGGUUCCCUGGGAGAAAGCCGGUGUUUGUCUGGAAUUAAUGCAGCCAAAGCGGGAAAUAUGUGUCAAGAGAAUGCCAGCGAUAAAUGUGGGAUUGAUUACUACAAGGAGUGCUGUGACUGCUGCUCACUCGGACUGCAGUUCCGCAGUGAGGGGCAUCGCUGCGAAGCCCACCAGUACCUAGGCUUUCACUGCAGACACGUUUUUCUAACCUGCUGCGAGGGGGAGGACGGCAGAGACGACUGGCACUCUGUCAGAGAGAGGCCGGCUCUCACCCCAACUGCACCACCUAAAAGAGUAUCUGACAGCCUGUACCCUAAAGAGGCCUUCUCCAUUGGUGAGGAGCGGGAUGGGGAAAAUGCAGUGGAGGGUCCUGUUGAGGUGGAGGACAUGGAUGAGUGCCUGAUAUAUGAGGGCAACAUCUGCCACCACCGAUGUAUCAACACGCCAGGCUCCUUCCGGUGUGAGUGCUUCCCUGGAUACGUGAUGCAAGAGGAUGGUUUCACUUGUGCGCAAGAGACGGUGGAUGUGGAGAACAGACUGAUGGAGGGUGACAGAGCAGGAGUGGAGCCCACUUCACCGCAUCCGCCUCCCACCCAUGCCCCCGUCCCACUCAACCCCUGUGAAGGAAACGGCCCAUGUGCGCAACACUGCACCUCAGUGGGGGGAAGGCCACAGUGCUCCUGUCACCCAGGAUUCUCCCUCAUGGCUGAUGGACACUCCUGUGAGGAUGUAAAUGAGUGUUUGUCCGCACGUGCCUGCCAGUUUAACGAGCGCUGCGUGAAUACUGCAGGGAGUUAUGACUGUCAGAGACUGAUCACCUGUCCCCCGGGUCACCAGAUCAACAACGACAUUUGUGAAGAUAUCAAUGAGUGUGUGCAGCAGACCCAUAACUGUGGAGUCGGCUUCGAGUGUGUGAAUACCAACGGCUCAUUCAGGUGCAACCCUAAACCUCGAUGUCCUGUGGGCUACAGCCAGGAUGCACAGGGCAACUGUAUAGACAUUGAUGAGUGUGGUGCUUUGACCCAGCCUUGUAGCCUGGGAUUUAACUGCAUCAACACAGUGGGAUCGUACACAUGCCAGAGGAAGUUAAUAUGUAGCCAUGGCUAUCACACCAGUCCUGAUGGAUCCAGAUGUAUCGAUGUGGAUGAAUGUCAGAGCGGUCUACAUCGAUGUGGAGAGGGCCAGCUGUGCCACAAUCUGCCUGGAUCCUAUCGUUGUGAAUGCCAGACAGGCUAUCAAUAUGACUCAUUCAGGAGGAUGUGUGUAGAUGUAAAUGAGUGCUGGCGCUACCCAGGCCGCCUGUGUGCCCAGACCUGUGAGAACACCCCAGGCUCCUAUGAAUGCUUGUGUACCUCUGGCUUCCGUUUAUCCGGCGAUGGCAAGAAUUGUGAAGAUGUGAAUGAGUGCUUGGCCAGCCCAUGCAGUCAGGAGUGUGCCAAUAUCUAUGGUUCCUACCAGUGCUACUGCAGACAGGGCUACUACCUCAGGGAGGAUGGGCACACCUGCGAAGACAUUGACGAGUGUUCCCAGAGCAUCGGCCAUCUGUGUACCUAUAAGUGUGUGAACGUUCCUGGCAGUUACCAGUGUGCCUGUCCUGAAUAUGGAUACACCAUGUCUCCAAAUGGACGCUCUUGCAGAGAUAUUGAUGAGUGCGCCACAGGGGCUCAUAACUGCUCUCUAGCUGAGACCUGCUACAACAUCCAAGGAGGGUACCGCUGCCUUUCCCUUGACUGUCCACCAAACUACCGCAAAGUUUCCGACACACGCUGUGAGCGAAUCAGCUGUCCCAACUACCUGGAGUGUCAAAACUCUCCUCUGAGAAUCACCUACUACUACCUCAGCUUCCAGUCCAACAUUGUCAUCCCUGCUCAGAUCUUUCGCAUCGGACCCUCCCCUGCCUACUCUGGAGACAACGUUAUCGUCAGCAUCACGCAGGGAAAUGAGGAAAACUACUUCAGCACCCGGAAGCUAAACGCCUACACAGGUGCUGUGUACUUGCAUCGACAGGUCGAGGGUCCAAAAGAUUUCUUAAUUAACGUGGAGAUGAAGCUUUGGAGACAGGGGACGUUUACCACUUUCCACGCCAAGAUCUACGUCUUCAUCACAGCCAACUCACUCUAACUGUUAGAGAUGUGCUAUGGCCACUAUGGACCUUAAUUCAGUUCCUGAGGACUUUUCAUAUCACUAUUUAACACAAUGUCAUAAAAUAUACCACUGUCUGUCAUGAUUGGUUUGAGUAGUUAAUCUUGCUUGUGUCCAGUUGAAGUUCAUAUUAAAACAUUGCUGUAAGAGUAGUAGUGCUGUAGGAGAGAAACACUGCAUUUGCAUGAAAAUCUUGUAAUGUCAAAUUAUCUUUUAUUUCUCACUUAAAUUGCUAAUACACAGUACAUGUUGUUAAUUUUCCAGGGCUCAUAAACCCACAAAGAACACAUUCCAUAUUUUCAAUUCACAAUAUUACAUUUGGAGAAAUACUAAAUAUUUAUUAUACCAGCAGAAUGAAACAGUUAGCCAUUGGUUUGAUUAUCCUAACCAGAUGUGAGUAAACUCUGUCCACUUCUUUUUUCCCUGUACUUUUUCCCAGUUUUCUGUUUUCUGAUGAUAACGUGUCAUUUGAUAACACUGUGGUAAAGGCUGAAACUGUUUUGUAAGAGUCACCACUACACUGCCUAAUCAACUAUGUUUCCUUCUUUUCUUGGAACCUGUGCUGCUGUUUUUGUUUUUCGUCUUUGAAGUAUUUUAUAUUAUAAAAUUUUAUAUUACUCUAUAUUGUGUAUUUUUGUAUCAGGCACAACAUGGAUGGAUGUAUCAUAUUUUUUAUGCUAGAUUCACAAACUGCAAAGUAUUUUAGUAAAAUAUAUUAAAAAA